AACAUUGUUUUGGUUUGGCAGCUGAAGAAAUGUGCGAAUCUGUUAAACAGAUUCUGUUUCUGUAGUUUUUUAAUAAAUUAUAUGAAAAUAUUGGUUAAGUUUUAAUUUUGAUAAAAAUGUUAUUCAAAAGGAUUGUUCUUCAUUCUUCAACGAAUCGUCUUUUUGCGAGUUCUAACACUCCUUCAAAAUUGCCUAAGGAUUUAUUGAGGAAACCCUCACAAGCUUUAUCUGAAUUAGGUUUGGGCAAAUUAGAAAGAAUCAGUUUAUCCAUGAAAAUAUAUUUAGAAUCAGCUCAAAAGAAUGCUGAAAUGAUCAAUAAACAAAGAGAGGAGUAUGAGUUAGGCAAACGUCACCUUGCCAAUAUAAUGGGUUUUGAUUACAACAGUAUGACCGAAACAAAUAUUAAGGAGGCGAUUAAAUAUCUUCUUCCUAGUGGUUUAUUCUCAAAAGCUAGCCGACCAGAAUUUCUUUCUCCAGAAGAAGUUUAUCCUAAGAUCAGAAGUGCUGAUUUCGAUACUUCUGGAAGACCCUAUCACUUUUUGGCUUACACAGGGAAGCCAAAUUUAUACGAAGACAUGCAUGAUUUGUAUGAUUAUUAUCAAAAAUGCGAUGAACAAAAGCUUAAAAUGAUGGUCAAUGGAGUUUUAAAUCCACCUCCAUCUGCCAAAGCAGAGCUUACCGGCUCCCGUUGGUUAACUCGCCAAGAGUAUCAAUCAUCUAAAGGUGAAAGCGUACAAAAGGACUUAUGGAAUCAAUUAACAACCGGACUGGAAAGAUUGGCAGAUCAUCCUUAUUCUAAAGAGGCGCAAGAUUUUUUGAUGAAAUUCAGAGUUGAACUAGAAAAGAGAGCUUCAACAUUAGAAAUAGCUCCAAUCACUUUUAAUGAAGAAGGUCGCCCAUAUGCUCAAGCUGAAGGUUUUCGAAAACACUGCAAAGCCAAAGUGACCGUUUGGGGAAAUGGAAGUGGUAAUAUAGAUAUAAAUGGAUAUGACAUUCUCUAUUUUCCGCAGUUUAAAGAAAGGCAUCAAAUCUUAUUUCCGCUUCUUUUUACAAAUAUGUUGAACAAAGUAGACAUUGAAGCAACGGUUGAAGGAGUUGGUGAAGCUGCUCAAGCUGGAGCUAUCCGUCAUGGAACUUCCUUAGCCUUAACUAGUUUCCUUGAUCCACAUAUGAUAGAGAGUAUGCGAUUAGCUGGAUUAUUAACUAAAGACAGAAGAAUUUUAGAAAGAAAAAAGGUUGGAAUGAAAGGUGCCAGGAAAACUCCGAAAUUCCGACCUCGAUAAUUAUUUGUUAUCAUGUAUUUAUCAUUUUUGCUCACUUGUACAGACAACAAUAGUCAAUAAAUAGUUAAUGAAUAUUGGA